AACCCUCCACAGAGAUUUCCCUAUGCACAAGUUAAAGAGCUCAUCCAGGAAUUUUUAACAGCAAGGCUAAGAAAUGUCACCUAUGACCCAGAAAAAUCUGGAGAUCUCACCAAAAACCUUUGUGAAGACAUAAAGAAAAUGGUGCGCAGGUACACUCCACCUCGCUACAAGCUCAUCUGCAAUAUGGCCAUUGGCAGUAAGAACCGAGAGGACAUUUUAAUGACCAGCCAAUGUCUGUGGGACUCGUAUUCGGAUAAUGUUACAUCCUGCAGCUACGAGAACUCCACUAUGUUCUGUGUGGUCACCGUGUAUGCCGUCUACUUUGAGUAA